AUGAUGAACCAUGUUGCUCAGGAGCUCUCAGAGACUCACUCGUACACAGACGCUGAGCUGAAACUUGCGCUCGAGUUCCUUGACGACAUUGUGAUGACAUUCCGCUUCGCACGGCGUGCUGGUUUUGAGAUGGACAUUGCUCGGUCGAUGCUGAUCAAGACUGUGCAGUGGCGAUUGGAAGGGGGGAUUGAUGCGCUCGCGCAAGACAUGCUGCAUUCACCAUACAUGGACGCGACGUCCAAUGGCGUGCCCUUACUUUGGGGACACUCGCGCUUCCGCGAUCGGCUGGGUCGACCGUGUUUGUACGUGCGCUUGCAGCAUGUGGAACGGACGCCGGACGGACUGCGUGAACUGAAAAAGUCCGUCAUCGCGGCGUUGGACAUUAUGCGGCGCUACCUGCUGCGUGUGAAUCGUCGGACGAAACAAGGUGAUCCGGUGAUCCAAUGUGUGACGCUCAUUGACGUGAUGGAAGCUGGCCUUUCCAAUGUCGAGCUCGAUAUGCUGCCUUUUCUAAUUGAUCUGCUCAAGAACCACUACCCGGGCAUGUCAGGUGCUGUGUAUGUGCUGCGGUACUCGUGGUUUCAUGCGGGACUCUGGCGCAUGCUCCGCCCAAUUCUUCCACCCAAGCUACUUGAGCGUCUUUUCUUUGUCGACGCUCCUGAACUGCUCGCUCACUUUGACCACCAUGUGCCUCAAUGCUUAGGGGGCCCACUGCCCGUGAGCAUUGCACCAGACACGAGCGAUGUGUUCAAUUACUUUGUUCGGGCAGCCGUAUGGGCUCAUGAGCGCCCUAAUGAACAUGCUACGGGCGUGAUCGCAUCGACAACCGCGUCCGAGGCAUGCUUGUCCACCAAGAUGCCUGCUAGAUCCGCUCGCGGUGACCCUGUGCCGCCGUCACUGUGGAUUCGGCACCAGGACUUUGGCACCAUCUACGAUGUCAUGUCACGCUACGGAUCUCCGUACACGUCCAUGACACCGUUGACUCCCCACACAAGUGUGCCGCCGACGCCGCGUCUUCGCCCACAGCCGUCCAGUCCAUCGCUCCAACUGCGUGACUUGCCUAUGUCGCCUGAGGCGUACAAAUGGAAACAAAAGACACAUCAUGAACCACCUGCUGUACCGAAUGCGUACCAUACUCGCGACACACGGCCGUGGUCGUCGUUGCUCUUGUCUUGGCUUCCCAUUUGGCUCUUCGGCAAGCGCACUGAUGGCACGUCGUUUUCGGAUGCGACCGACUUGAUUCCUGCCGAGCCACGCAUCGUCUCUUCGAAGUGUACAUUCUCGAAGAAAGCGGAGGAACAUGCACCUCCUGAGGCGUCUGCAUUGCUGCCCUCUGAAGGAUCCACACCAGCGCCAAAGGCUCUCACAUCAUCGACGAACUUUGCGGCGACAAUGCCGCCAUCCAGUGUGAAUGCAACGGAUGAAAGCAACUCUGUGACACGGUACCUUUCGCGGCGUGCACACAUGUAUGCGGAAAUGGAAGGACAUGUGUCACCGUACAACAUCGAGAACCCAUAUUUUGGAUACCCUGCCUCGUACGUGAAUGAACAAGGCUCCAUGGGUCUCGAUAUGAGCAAGAGUGGCGCAAGGCCAGCGGGAUUUUCUCGUGAACUUCAUGUGCGACGGCGAAAGCGGGAUCUCGUUCGCACACUCACAUACCUAUUUGUCCUACGCCUAGUCCAUCUAUACCGCUGGAUCCGCAGGAGCAUUUACGUCGUGGUAUGGAAUGUGCUUGGACCACGCCGGGCAUGGGCAUCGCUCGGCCACAUCGCCGCAGGCAAGCAUCCGUCGCAUUAUAUCCGGCGGCGCGUGCUGUUGUUCCUACUUGCCAUACUGUACUUCCAAGUGCCUCAUAAGCACAUUUUCUCGCGAAGAGAACAAGCACCAUCCUAUCGUGCUAUUAUGUAA